GGAACCCAUCAAUUGAGUUUUAGCAAAGAUCAAGCAAAUGCUCUUAUCCUUAUCAAAGCACCUGGACGACAUCUUAUUUUGCUCCAAGUGCUAUAUAUGGGUUAUCCCGCCUUAUAUCAAAAAGAAUUAUUCAAAGCUGAAGCAGACUGUACCACACUUGAGGCAACAAAUAUACCUAGAAUUACUGAAGAAUCGAAUAAACACAAGUAG